UGGAGGGCCGCUGUCGCCCGCAGCGUAUUUGGGCGUGAUGCCAGCUGACGGCCACGCGAGAACGGCGAGCGCUUGGGAUUGUCUUUUCGGCGGUGUCACGGAAUGCGCAGCCGACCCAGGCGAUAGUCUGUGAAGUGCACUGCAGCUGUUUUAGGUGCAGGGAUUGCUGAAGCUUUGAAGAGGAAGAGUUUAAAAAAGCUGAUCAAAGUUCUGACAGAAAUGAUUUUCUCCUGGAAUUUCCCCUGGAAUUUCGUUGUCAUUGACAGAUCUGCAGAAGACACUCAGAUUUAGACAACUGGAAACUUGGAGAUAAACCUGUUAUCUUAUGUGUUCUAAGGUGCUAAAGGUGUAACUUGGUUUUGAACAUGCAUCAUGUAAGAUACAGGUGUUGUUCAGCAUGCAGAGCCAUGCACGAGUCACUUCAGAUUCCAAGAGUGGGAUAGUUGUUCUUUGUGACAGCACAUACAGCAAGGAUCAAAGUUGUCAGUUGCACAGAUACAGAUUCUCAACAGUUAUCCAAUGACUUCCUAUAGUCCUGCUAAAGCAGAGGAAGAUUGACAUCUCAUAUAAGGGGUUUUUAAUUAAUCUGAUUUUAACAUACUGUGGUUAAGAAGAAAAAUGUUUAUUUUUCAGUCAGUAGGUUAUAUUUCUUAGUUGCUGUGGAAACUGAUGGACAGAUCAAUGCCUUUUCAUCAACUUUUGUACAUCAGCAUUCUGUCGACAGCUUGUUGGAGCUUGCCUGAAAGAUUCAUGGGAGGGCCACCUCACAGCCUACAAAUGGAAUCUUGGAAUUUUCAACACAUUUUGACCUGGCAGGCAAAAAUUAACCCAACUGUGCCAACAUACUAUCGUGUGCUGUACCGUGACCACAGGAACUGGUAUACUGCAAAACAGUGUUCGAAUAUUACACAACUCUCUUGCAGUCUGACAGAUGAUUUUAAAGACGUUCACACUCAGUAUUCGGCAUUGGUUCAGAGCUUCAUAGGAACUAAAGCAUACAAUUCCUCUCGACUUACUUUUUUGCCAUACACUGACACAUACCUUGGACCACCAGAAGUUAAUAUCAGUUCCUGUUUAAACUGCAUAAAUGUCACCGUAAAACUGCCAACCUCUCACUUGAGAAAAAAUGGAAAGCUACAGUCUUUAAUUGAUAUAUAUGAAGAGCUUGAUUAUGAUAUAACACUGAAAACACUUGAUGGAGAUCAUAAGACGCCACGUGAGAGAACCACUGCAGAAAUCUUUAAUACUGUCAUUGAAGAAUUGUAUCCAAGUAGAAAUUACUGUGUGUCUGUCAUGGUCACUGCAUCUCUAAACAAGCAUUCCAUCCCAUCCACCUGGAAGUGUGUAACUGCAGACUCUGCAGCUCAACAAGAUUAUCAUACAGCUGUAAUUGCAAGUGCUGUAUGCAUCUCGCUGUUGUUAGUUGGUGCCCUGAAGUGUUUGCAUGUGGGAGGUUACAUUCUUCAAAAACACUCACUUCCACGUACCUUGUUCACUUUGUUAUUUCAGGUAUUCAUCAGAACAUCACCUAAUUCAUUUUGGCCAUUUGGACAUGAAGAAAUAGCCUCUGUAGAGAUCCUUUACAAAGAGAUUAGAAAAAAGACAAAUGAAUCCAGUGGUUGUGUGAGUGAUGAAGAUAACAGCGAUGACAGCGAUGCUACAAGUAAUCAUGACUAUACAAGGCGUGAGAUGAUCAGCAGAAUACCUCAGUCCUCCGACACAUCAAAGCUGCACAUGGAGUACUGUACAAAGAGUAACUGUGCAGAUGACAGCAGCAGCCAGGCAAGUGAAAAUCCAGGCACUGACUCGGAAAAUUCUGAAGAGCAUGAGGUGGAUAUUGAAGAAAAUGACGCAAGUAGUGAGUUGCUAAAUACUUUCUCUGAGAGGAAUUGUAGCUAUUUAGCUAGGCGAAGGAACAGUGCUUGCUUUACCAUUAAGUUAAACACUGUGCAAUUGGGAAACCCUGAAGAGGAUGUGGAUAGUUCUGCAGCUCUUCUUUCUUCCCAAGAAGAUGCAUUUGACUGGCAGCACACUCAAGGUUUUGAAGUAAAACUCCUGGAUAACACAGAAGACAUGCAGAAACGACACUGUCCUAACGGCUCUCAUGAAUGGCAGAAAUCUUCUUGUUCUUCCGGUGAAAGCGACUCAUCAGAUUCAGAUAUGGACCAAAAUACUGAAUACAUUAGAAGAUGAAUACGUAAGAACCACUAUUAUUUUAUAACGUAUGGAUCAAUAGUGACCAACUUCAGCUGCUGGACUAAACAUUUUCUUAAACACAAGAAAAAAAACUUCUUUGCUGUGAGGGAGAGGGAGCCCUGGCAGAGGCUGCCCAGGGAGGGUGUGGAGUCUCCUUCUCUGGAGGUUUCUAAAGGUGCCUGAACACGUUCCUGUGUGACCCAAUUGAGGUGAACCUGCUUUAGCAGGGUGUUGGACUGGAUGAUCUCUAGAGGUCUUUUCCAACCCCGACCACACUGUGGUUCUGUGAUCUUAUAUUUUUCUUGACAUUCUGUGAGUGUAUGCCUGAACACUGAAAAUAUGCAACACUCAUUUUUAGCAAGUAUUUCUCUUAUCUCCAAGUUGCUCCAGCUAUGAUUCAGGUUGGAUUAUCCAUAGAGAAACAAAAAUGACUGUUCAGGUGCAGCAGAAAGAGUAGUUGUUUCAUUUUGCAAUUUGAUUGUGAAGUGUAUGUUACAAAGUAAAUAUUUUCUGUAACUCAAACGAAAAGUUGGUUGGCAGUACAGGGAGGUAUCAGUAACUGCUUAAUCAGACCACUUUUUAAUAUUUUUUUAAUUAUUAUUCUUUCUCUCUGAUGAUGGAUUAUUUUAAGAAUGUUUUUUUUCUGGAUGGAUUGCUGUCUUCCAGUCAGUGAACUGAUUUCUACAUUUGAGCAGAGAAAGCUGAUCAAAUGAAAUAACGGGACAGAGAUAAGAGUAGUCAGCAUAUGAGAGUUCUCCUUACUGUGAAUCAAGGCAUCAGAUACACCUUUUUGUAUUUUUUUUAAAAUGUAACUUUAUGCAGUUAUUGAAUACUGCACUUCUUUUUAAAAAAUCUUUUUUACAUUUAAAAGCUAUAACAGUGUACAGUUGCACUUUAACAUAUGCGCUUCAUAAAGAGAAAUGUUUUCAUAUCCGUCUGAAUUGUUA